UGCUGGCAGGCCCCUGGCACCGCAGCUGGGAGUGCUGGAUGCCGGGCCCGAUCCGUGGCCAGCGUUGCCCUCGGGGCACGUGGAUGCCUGAAAUCACCCCUGGUUUUCCCACAGUGCGACUGUUGCACUGUCACUGUCUUUCCUGUCAUCCCAUACCACACCCCCACACUUGCCACCUUAAAAUACGGCCGGUUGUUUUCUAUCGGCACCAAGUCCCAGUUUAAUCCAGCUGCUCUUCCCCCGAAGCUCUGAAAACCUCCCCCUCCCCGGAGGCUACUGAAGUCAGUAAUUAGGGGUAGCGACACUGAGUCAGGUGGGAGCCCGCGGGUUGGUGGCCACUGGUGCCAAGGAGGAGGAUGCUGAUGAGUGAAUGUGAUGUUGGGGGUGCUCUGUACUUCAGCCUUGAGGUCUGCCAGCAUCCCCCAGUAAGGGGCAUCCAUUGGUGAGCACUUCAAGUGCAAGGUGCAUUGCCAGGCAGCUACACUGGGAAGGGACCAGGGAAAAACAAUACAAAUACCUGCUGAGCAAUUGUAUUCUAAGAAGAUGCACAAACUUCAUCUGCCAUAUGAUUAUUUCAUGCUAAAGAGCAGGCGGCCCAGGCCACAGGUGUUACCAAGUUUUUGAAUUUACCUGUUCUUGUCUUUGCAGUUUCUUCUUAUUCAUCUGUACACACCAGGUAAGAAACCCUCCCAGCCUCAGCCCCCUGGCUGGGUGUUGAGACUGUGCCCCGUGUCUCAUGGGAGGGCUCAGUCAGGGAUUUACACCGCACAGUGAGUCAGUAUAUUGGAUGCCACAGUGGUAAACACUGAGAGGAAACGAUGCCUGGUUUUCCCCUUCCCUCGGCUUUUCAUGACAAACAUCUGAUCAUCCUGCUCCUUAAAAACAGAAGCUGUGACUGUUUGAUUUACAAGGAAUUGAUCUCAAAGGGAGUUGAUCCCCCUUAAGCAAUGAGUCUGAGAGCUCAGGCAGCAGAGGGGAGGUGUUUCUUUGUCUGGCUGCAGCAAGGCCUCGUUUUCCUUACUGGGAAGCAUGAGCAGGACCAAACGACAAAGCGCUCCCCCAGUGCUCUCUCAUUGUCAGUGAGGUGGCUUAACUCCUUCAAGUUGCACAGCUUCUGCAGGUGCAUCCUGUAUGGGGAUGCCUGUCUGUCUAGAGAUUUUGCCAUGAUAAAAAAGUCAAAAGUAAUAUUUUUUCUUAUUAAAUGGGAAAAAAAGAUUUAAUACUUAAUGAUUGUCGAGAUGAGGGACCUGAUUUGAACAUAACGUGCGACUCGUUCAUUGGCUAGGUCAUGAUGCGAGCCUUGCACAGCAGUGUCCAAGCCAGCAGUGCAGGGCACUAGGACCGUGUGCACGCUGUGCUAGAUUUGGCUCUGGCCGUGGGGUGGGUAUGUGCCAGCAGCAGAGGAAAAGCAGCAAGCUUGCUUGCAGAGAUAGUGCUAGCUCUGUGGUGCAGCUAGGCUGGGGAGACCUCUGCCUGCUUAUCCUUCACCCUCUUGCAACUUAGCAAGGAAAAGCUGCUGGGGAGCCACUUGGGAACUGUUUUUUGGCUCCUGAAAUGAUCUCUGCCUUCCUGACUCUGUCCCAUUUGGAACUGGUGGCAGGGGGCCAAAGUCCUGCAGGCACAGUUCCCUGUGUGGGAUCUCAGUGGGAGCUGUGUUUCCAGUGCUGUGGCUGGCAGUUGGGUGUGACAGGGAGAUAAAUCAGCAGGCAUCUUGCAUGGAGUGUGUGGUGAAGGUGCUGUAACAGCAGCCUGCCAUUGUUAGGAUCUCUGAUGUUGAGUGCUCUGGCAAGCAUUUGCUGGGACUUGGCAUCUCAGUAGAGGUAUUAGCCACAUCAGAGAAACCACAGGUGUGUCCCCAAAGCACAGACUAUUUUCUACCAGCAAAUAUCUCUCUCUCUUGGUGUCCUUGUUUUCUCUAGGUCUAUGCUACCUUAUUGAAGGGUGAUACUGAGGAGGGAAGCAAGGCCCCAGGAUUUCACUUUCUGUGCUUUUUCCAUGAUAGGACACUUCCACAGCUGCCUGCACAGUGUGGUUGUUCACCAGCUGGCUGGGGGCAGGCACUUGCAGCCCCAGUGGGUGGGUAUGGGCUUGGUCUGUGACAUCCAAGUGUUGUGCAACACACUUGUGGCACUGGGUCAUCUUGUUGUUCCCUCUGUACCAAGGCUCAUAAAGCACAAGCACUUCCCAGCCACUGGGAUUUCAGACCUGGUACUCUUGAUCAGCAGGAACAGCAGUGAUAUCUUUAUGAAAAGUUUUGGUCUGUUGUAUAUUCAAUAAAAACAUUUUCAGAGCUGCUCCUAGGCCAGAGCCCAUGUAUGUUCCUGUGUCUCUAAACAUCUAAGACCUCUGUGCUAAAUGGACUGAAAUAAAAUAUGCUUCUAAAGCCAUGUAGCAACACUGCUGUCUCCAUGAUGCCUCUUAGUAAACCACAACAGUGUUGAUAACAGGUAUUUUUGUUCAUCUGGGCUCCCAUAGGCUGGGAGAUCAUCCCUCUCCUACCUGCAGAGGUUUCAUGGCAUAUUAUUAACCACAAAAGUUCCUCCCCACUCUACCUGCCAUGUCCCAAAAGGACCUUGCAGUGAAGGCAGAAUUGCAAAUUUGCAUCUCUACAAUCCAAGAGAAAGCACAAAAAUUCAUGGGCUGGUGAGUUCCCCAGAUUGAAUGAAUGGAAAGUGCUUGAAGAGAGAGAUCCUUAAAUGCCCUCUCUCAAGGGAAUGGAGGCAAAAGCACAGGGGUUUUAGAGUGUGUUAUAUGGCUUUGAGUAGAGCAGUGGCUUCUUUAUGCUUUGUUUGUUUAACUGUAUGUUUAAUGACUUUUUGUCCUUUUCUGCAAUUUUGACAGGAUACAUGUACUUGCAGAACCCAAGCAAGUGGCUUAUGAAAGCAGUCCCAGGCUUGAGUGGGGAAACCAAGAGACCAUCUGGCCCCUCUCAUGGGGGGCUAUGACAGCUCGACCAUCUUCAAGAAUAACGUUACUGUCCAAGUCCAGGAUAGAGUUUUGCAAACACCAGCGAAGCUACAGAUCAGUGAUCGGUGGGCGUCCCCCGCUAGUGAAGUUUGCCUACCCUUCUGAGCGGCUGCUGAAGUUGUCUGAACCUAAAAAAGUCCACCCGGCCUUCCUGCAACAAAGAUCCCCCGAGUGGCCCGUGUCACUAUCCGCACUGACCUACAAUGCCUCCCCGCGGAUCCUCGCGCUUGCCCGGCCAAAGUCGCUGCACCCACAGUUCGUUCCGCCCAGAGAGGUGCCAACACAGGUUCCAACUUCUGCGACCUUGGCCAGCGCAUCUCCACGGAUAGAGCGUCUGGCAGAGCCCUGUGUCAGGCAGACGACCUGCUGCUAUAAGCACAGCUAUCCUGAAUCUGUCAUUCGUCAGGUUUCCAAGUCAGCUCAGCAGGCAGUUGCGAGCCCUCGGACCAUUGAGCUGGCUAGGCCAAAGAAACUCCAUUCUAAGUAUGAGGCCCCACGGAAUCCUGAGUGGCCAGUGUCAGAGGCUGCCAAACGUGCGGUGGCUACACCAAGGAUUGUGGAACUGGCCCAGCCUGGCAAAAGGCCUCCUAUGGGCUUGGCUCAAUUCAACCUAGAUGCAUUCAGAGUGAAGGAGACUGCUAUGAAGGCAACUUGUUCUGAUCGGAUCCGAGAACUAGCUCGCCCAAUUCAGCGCUAAGCUCCCUCAGAAAUGCACCUGCCAGCUGCUCCCAUCACCCCUUGGAACAUCACUCUCUCUGGGAUGUGCUGUGGGUAAAAAAUCUACUCGAACACAGUGCAGAGGCAGCACUCAACAGAAACACUUUCUGGGAAUUCAAAUAAAAUGGUCACUCCUUAUGAACACUCACCAGGGGAAAUGAACAGAAUUUGACCUAAUGUGGGAAGCCUCUCUCCCUAUGAGAGGUUAUGUCUGCAGUUUCUCUCCUUAUUGUUUUGCUGUAAUAGUUAAAGAAGUAAUGAAUCAAGUACUGGGGGAAGGCAGCACAGCACCUAUUCUUUCACACAAGAAAGCGUGGCAAACCAAACGCAACAGCAUGCAGUAGGGUGAUGCAACACAACUCCUGAACUUGGGUUUAAAAAUUUUUGCUAAAGUUUAAAGAACUUCUUACUGACACUCAAAGUUUUGCUCUUGUGACAGAAGUAGAGACACAAAAGGCUGCAAUGUAUGUUGAGUUGGCUUGGAUUUGGGACCUGUUUUCUCAAAUGCCUGGAGAACAGGCAGAUCCAGCAUUUUCCUUUGCAUGCAUCUUUGAUAUACAUUAUGCAUCUGGGUAAAAUCUGUGCAGUUCAGAUACUCAGUUGUGUGACCCUGAGCAAAAUAGGGGAGUUCUGCAUUGGGAUUUUUUGAGCCUAACUCAAAAAAGCAGAGCUCCCCUCAGUGUAAGAGAGAAAGCACAUUGCAAAGGCUAAGAAGAAAACAGAUAUUGAUGCCAGACUCUGCAGAACAAAUUCUGAGCUCCAGUCGGGUCUGAGAGUGAGUCAGUUUGGCAGCUGGAUUGCAGGGGAACAACGCAGCCUUUGCGGGACAUGGCACAGGGAGAAUGCUUUUAUCUGUUUCCUACAAGUUUAGUGUGCUUUGCACUGGCAGCCCAACCCCUGGCGAUGGGCAGGAGAUACUGAGGCAAGAGGGAUGCUCACCAGUAAGGGACAAAAGCCACAAAUGAAAGCCUGUGGCAGUUGCAGAGUCAAUGUAUUUUAAUCUUCCCUGUGUUAAGCUGAUUCUCCUUCCAAAGAAGUAGAGGCAGGUGACCACAAACCAGAAGGGGAUUAAUCGGAGGAUCCAUUAAUCAAUUCAGUAAUCCACUAAGCAGAGAACUUCUGAACCCUUUUGAACAAGGUAAGGUCACUGGGAAAUGGUGCUGAUUAUUUUUAGACCAUGCAUCGUUCUGUACCAGGAUGGAUGAGAGCUUGGGUUUUGUGCAAGAGCCCAAGCACAGCUGCAUUCCUCAGUGAGAAUGGCCAAGAGGAGGCUGGAGCCUGCCCCCUACACCCCUCACCCUGGGGGGGAACCCCAGCACCACCAGCCCCUGCCACCUCGGGGCUUAGGGUGUGCAUGGGGCUGUAUGGGCU